AUGAAUAGUUUUAUAAAAAAUAUUAUAGUUUUAAUAAUAAUAAUUUUUUUUUUUUUAAAUGAAAUUAAAAGUAGUGAAAUAUGUAAGAAUCAAUUAUUAAAAUAUUUUGAAAAUAAUAAUAAUAAUAAUAAUUUUUUAUCAUUAGAAUUAUCAAUUACUAUAAUUAAAAAUAAUGGACAAAUAAUAUAUGGAAAUGGAGAAUUACAUAAAGAGGGUGAAAAUAAAUUAGUAAAUAAUGAUGGUUUAAUUGGAUAUCAAAAUGAUAAAAUUCCAUGGUUAUCAAAUGAUGAUCCAGAAUCAGAUCAACCAUUUUCAAAUUUACGUACUUUUAGAGUUUAUUAUGGUGAAUUUUAUAUUCAUAAAGAUGGUUAUUUAAUUAUAGGUUCAUGUAAAAAUAAAAUUGAAUUUACAAUUUUAUGUAAUGAUACAAUUUUUUCAGGUUUAUUAUUUGAUGAUUUAUAUACUAUUCAAAUUAAAACUAAAUCAAAUAAUAAUAAUAUUAAUAGUAAUAAUAAUAAUAAUAAUUAUACAAAUAAUAGUAAUAUUAAUAAUAAUAAUAAUAAUAAUAUUAAUAUUAAUAAUAAUACAAAUACAAAUAAUAUUAAUAGUAAUAAUAUUGAAAUUAAAAGUAUAAUAACAAAUAGUUGGAGUGAAGGUAGUGGCAGUAAUAUUACAAAAUAUUCAUUAGUUAAAACUGUAAUUUUAAAUAAUUCUUCAAAUAUUAUAAAUAACAUUAAUAAUAAUAAUAAUAAUAAUAAUAAUAAUAAUAUUACUUCAUUAACAUUUGGAAGUGAAAAAUUAAUGUUGAGAGAUGAUCUUAGUUUUUGGGGUGUAAAUAAAGUAAUUUCACCAAAUUUAAAUAAUAAUUUUACAACAAUUUUCUCAUUACCAUCUUAUUCAUUACCAAUUUCACCAGGCAAAACUUAUGAAUUUGGUUUCAUUAUUAAAGGUUCAACAACAAUUCCAAUUUUCAAAAUAUUUUAA